CAUGCCUCUUCCAGACACCAUGUUUUGUGCUCAGCAGAUCAAAAUCCCCCCCGAGCUACCAGAUAUUUUGAAGCAGUUUACCAAAGCUGCUAUUAGGACUCAACCUCGUGAUGUUUUGCAGUGGGCAGCUGGUUAUUUCUCAGCGCUGUCAAAAGGCGAACCCCUUCCUGUAAAGGCAAGGCUUGAAAUGCCUGUAGCAACACAGAAAACGGACACUGGUUUGACCCUAGGACUCCUUAAGGUCUUGCACAAACAGCUUGCGCCAAAAGUCUUGGUGAACGUUGCAGAACUCAAGGAGAAAUGGAAGCGCUUGUGCUUGCCUGAGGAGCAGCUGAGGGCGAUUCUGCAGCUGGACAACUUCAGUGACGAGGUGGAAUGGAUGAAAAUUCUGGCACUUGGGUGCAGUGUUCUCGGUGGGUCCUUGCUGAGCUCAAUGAAAUAUGCCUGUGAGAUUUUAACAGCCGACCCAGAUGGUGGACCAGCUCGCAUCGCGUUCGAGACCUUCUCAUUCCUUUACUCGUAUUUGGCUGGUAUAGAUGGAGAUAUUCCAGAGGAGAAGAUUGAAGCCUUCCUUGUCUCCAUUAAAGAACAUGCGGACAAGCAGGCCGGCAUGGUGCAGCUCCGCAACUUCCUCAGCCACCCCUCCACGCUGUCCAUGUCCAAGCUGCCCCUCAGCACCAGCUCAGCACAGAAACAGCAAUGA